AUGGCUGGUCUCCUACCGCCACUUCAGAACGUCGGCCCUCCGCUGGACGCGACGAUCCGUGUCAAGCAGGAAGUGCAGUGUUUUGAAGACGAGCGCCCGAUGUCGAAUGGGAGUGAAAACAGUUUGGAGCAGCAGAUGAAUGGCAAGAAUAAGAAGCCAAAAGACCGCAUCCGACGGCCGAUGAACGCGUUCAUGAUUUUCUCCAAGCGUCAUCGACCGAUGGUCCAUAUGAAGUACCCGAAUAAGGAUAACAGGACGGUUUCAAAAAUUCUGGGAGAAUGGUGGUACGCGCUGCCACCGGAGGAAAAGCAAACCUACCAUAAAAUGGCCACGGAGGUCAAGGAGCAGCACUUUAAGGCCCACCCGGACUGGAAGUGGUGCACGAAGGAUAAGCGGAAGGAUGGGAUGGACUCUAACACUCCUCCAAAUUCGGUCCUACCUCCACCUCCUCAACCCCAACCUCAACCUCAUCCACCAGCACCAGUUCAACAAGACAUCAAGCCGUUCCCGAUGCCAAUCUCGCAACAAUUUGCCCCACCGCAGCCGCCGGUUAGUCGCCAGAAUCCGACUCCACCGACACUGAAUUUCACGCAUCGGCCUGCGCCUCAAUUCCACCGUCCUGCUCCUGUCACUUCGCUACAGCAGCCGAUGCCUCCAAUUCUACAGUCCUUCCAGAUGCCCCAGGCCUGCCAGCCGCCACCUUGCACAAGACCUCAAUCCGACCGGCUGGCCCGUCUUUUUGUGGAAGGUCUCGAUCCGCAUACAUUGAGCCCGUUGACACCGACAACUCGCUCCUCGUUCUUCAGCCUUGCCGGCAAUGAGGUUCCAGUCGAGUCUCAAAUCCUCUCCCCAUCCUUCAAGCACUUCCCUAUUUUGCUGCCGACGAACAGUAUUCCCUGCUCUCCCCUGUUUCAAACGGCCGACUUCAACUUCUUGAUGAAAACUAUUGCGACGAGUCAGCAACAAACGGCGACGACACAGGUCUUCCCCCAAUCGAUCCCGGCACCCCCAACGCACGCCACCUUCCAACUGCCGCUCCCUGCUGAUGCUCGUACAAACCCAUUCCAACCGCUUCCAACGCAUCCCGCCGAAAAAGACGAUAAUAUCCACCGCCCGACACCAUUAGCCCCAGCCUCGCCCCGUUGGCCAACUACCGCAUUGGCUAGUCCUCUUCUGGGAGUACCUUUCAGUCCUCUUGACCUAUUGGCGGGUACCUUACCGAUGGCCAGUCAAAUGCUGCGAAAUACGGAAGAACCGGCACCGUUUGUCCUGGCUCCGACUCCAGCUCAGCUCGGACGAGCUCGAGGCCAGAAACGCUUGUCGAGCUCGAUGUCACAGGAUUUGGAUGGGAAGACGGAUGGAGAGGGAAUGGAUGAUGAGCCCGCUUCGGUCGUGGAGUCGAUUCCGGAUACGCCGAGCUUUCCGUUGAGUACACCGGUUGCGUUGAAGCCGUCGAUUACGCUGAAUGAUUCGCAGGAAGCCAUCGACGUCGAGACGCUAUCCUCGGGAAAUGCCUCCACUUCGGGAAGCACUGCUACCGGAAACAGCUUCUUUGCCCAGGCCGACAACGAGAUCAACAAGGCCCUAAACAAGGUGGCCUACCAGGAUAAAUUCACCAAUGUUCCAUUUGCGAUGCCCGUUACAACGUGCCCUUCCACGCCCUCAUUUUUGGUGCAAUCCUUCCUGGACUCGACGUACAGCCAAUGCAGCACUACGACGUCUACGCCGACGGCCAAGUCGCCGGCUUCGGCGGCUUUGACUACACAGAACCCGGUGUUCUUCCCGCCAAAUUUCGACAUGCCCGAAGCCCCGCCAAAGCCUCAUGUUAUGCAAAAGUCGAAUUCGAACACCUCCCUAACCGAUGACAGCUCCAACGGAAAUCCAGUAGAAAAAGUGUCAAGCCGAAAGCUUUUGGAACAACGUCGUCAACUUGUCAUGACGCUGCUGGAAACGGCUGGGCUAUUCCCGAGUGGCCAUGAGAUCAAUGUCUUCCAACAGACCCACAAGGCCAUCUUCCCGAACAAACAGACAUUGAUACUGAAGAUUCGCGAGGUUCGCCAGAAGACAAUGUCCAUGCAUAAUGGGACGUUCCCGAAGAGUGAAGUCAAAGCCGAGCCGCUGGCUGCU